AAACCGCGGCGCCCCGCGAGUCGGAACGUCAUAUAUUCAACUUUACAGAACAGCUAUAGCUUUUGCAAUCCGUAGCUAAGCAUGUCCCCUUUGUUCGUAAAGCGCUCAACCAGAUCUAGACGCUGUUGAUGAAAGAACGUGAGCCCAAGUGGGAGGAGGCAAGUUGUGAAGUGCCAAUCCAAUUGGGUCCGUUCAGAAGUCUUGCCCGGGAAGGUUAGCCACGUCUGAAUUCGACUCCAUUCUGCUCGUCUACACGAUCGAAUGGAACGAUAAUUAGAGAGAGGUUCAAGAUCAACGCAUGCGCAGUAGCGAACAAGUGCUUCGUCAGAACAAACUCUUCGACCAAAUUUAUCUGUACGUUACUCGGAAAGAGUGGCCUUGGCUGCGCGUGCCAAACGAAUUGACUGCACUCGAACUGCGCAGGCGAUCUAGGGAAGUUUUGCACAAUUAUAAUGCCGAAGAGUUGUUGAGGAAGAAGUCAAAGGUCACGAUUGCGAGGAAGAAGGGGCAGCUUACUAUGCAGCGUUACCUCAAGACCAUAGUCGAUUAUGAUGCAGAAAGAAUGUUGGCUGAUACGUUUGUCGACAAGCUUUUGGAAGGUUUCAUCAAGUUCCCCAAGAUCGCUGAAGUGAAGAAGGAGGAGGCAUUGGAUGAGCUGCAGGCACUCGAACUGGAGGAUAAGGCGGAAGCUCAGGAGCAUCUGAUUGAGUAGAGGCAAUACUGGUCGGUUGUUCUGUUGUUGGAUUUUCCCCGUCGAAGUAUCAUCUUUGGAGUACGGUUAUUUAUCGCAUAUCGGUAGGUCUGUACAAUGGUGUUUGUUGUGAAGGUCACCUCAUAUACGUAUUGGGUUAACAAUAGAAUCCACGUAACCGCA